AUGGAGGGACCGCCUCUUCCCCCGGGUCCUCCCCCGCCCGGGCACUUCGACGACCGCGGCGGUCCCGGCGGCGGCGGACAUAAGCGCGGGCGCUCGCCUCCGCGCGGUGGACCCCCGUUCGACCGCGACGACCGCUACGACGGCCGCCCUCCUCCGCGGUCGCCCCAGCGCCGCAGGUUCAACGACGGCGGCCGGGGUCCCGGGCGACGCUUCCCGGGGCGAAGGGGCGGCCGCCGAGACGACGACGAGCCCCUGAGCUUCCGCGAGUUCACCAUCCAGCACCUUCCCGACCACAUCGCCCCCGCCGAGGCUGAGCGCGCGUACCAGAGGUACCAGGAGACGCACGCCGAGAAAUUCAGGGAGCGCAACUUUCACGACGUCAAGAACGAUCCCAAGCUCCGCGAGUUACACGACCCGCGGAAGCUGGACGGGCCCUUCCGUACCCGCGCAGAGCUCGCGGCGGACGCCGCGAAGGAGUUCCACGAGCGACUCGCCGCCGGGACGCUGGAGAUGCCUAAACCAGCGGAGGCGCCCCCGACGGCGCCGGACCCGCCAAAGGAUGACAAGGAUGACGACGCCGGAGAUGCCCCCGCCGACGAGCGCCGACACCACCGACCGUUCCCCCAACGACCUUUUGAGAGGCGCGACGCGCGCGGGCGGUUCCCCGUCCCUCCCCAGGCUUGGAACCCCACCCGUUUGGCGCACGACCUGCGCAACCUCGUGCGUUUGGUCAAGUCCUUGGACGAGGAAAAAGGCGUCGAGUCGGCGUGGACGGAGAGCGCGGACGUCAAGGCGGUUCUCGACGCGCCGGACCCGACCCCGCACCUCGGCAGGGAACCCGCGAGGGCCGCGCCGCCCCCGAAGAAGAGCCACACGGACGACAAGGUUGCGCCCGCCGAGGGUGCCGACCAGGGUGCCGACAUGGAGACGGACGAGCCCGCCCCCGCGCAGGGGGAGGAGAUCGAGGGCGACGGCACCGGCGGCGUCGACCAGGACGCCCUCGCCGAGGCGGUCGACGUUCGCAUCGCGUACCUCUGGAGGGUGCACGGCGUGGACUACUACGCUCGACAGGAACUCUCCGUGGCGGACUACGUCUCGUCACCCCCCGCGGGUCGCGUCGACGCUGAGUCAGCAUGCCUCAUGCGCGCCGCCAAACCCUCCGACCCGACGGCGUGGGAGGACGACAAGGGCGACGAGGGCAAGGAUGGGGACGCCAACGACGAGGACGACGCCGGUGACAAAACCGACGGUGACAAAACCGACGGCGAGAAGCCCGACGGCGAGAAGCCCGCCGACGCCGCCCCCGACUCCUCGGGUAAGCACCAGCGACGGAGGAGGACCGCGGCGGAGACUUGGGCGUUUCACACCGAUCGCUGGUGCGUCGAUCGGGUGACCCGCGGCGACCCGGAGGAGGCUCGCCUCGGCCGCGCCCGCGCCGACCGUGACCUCAACGCGUGGAUGGACUCGUGCAUCGUGAAGCACGACGAGAACAGGUACGGGUGCACGCUCAGCGCCAAGCUGUUCGUCUCCCCCGAGUACGUCCUGAAGCACAUCAAGAACAAGCAGGGCGCGGCGGUUGACGCCCAGCUCGAUAAGAUCUACGACAGGAUCUACAUGGAGAACUACCUCGCCGCGGCCAAAAAGGAGGACCUGGCGGCUAAGCGCCAGAAGAGGCAGGAGCGCGAGGAGCGCCUCCGCGACGGGGCUGGCGGCCGCGGCGGUAGGUCUUUCGACGGCGGUCGAGGCGGUCGCGGCGGGCGGGGCCCCCGCGACCGGAACCAGUUCCAGAGGCCCCAGAUCAGCGUCAUGCAGGCUGCGCCCGGCAUGAUGCUGGUGCCGGCGGAGGGAGCGGGGCCCAACGGUCCUUACGUGCAGGUACCCGCGCCCGAGGCGGGCGGGGAUGCCCCCGAGGGCGGGCAGCAGCAGGUGGUUGUCGUGGCCGAGGGCAAGGGUGGCAAGAGGUAUCAGGACAUCGACGCGCCCAAGUCGAACCGCGUCGUCCUGGACUACGGUGACAUCUAA